CACCAUUCUACCAUUCUCUCUUCAAGCCACAGAGCAUCACACCUCAUAAGACAACACUUCCUUACCUCUAUAAACCGGAUAAUUUACGGAAAAAAACCUUACAAGAAACGAUCCAACAAAAUGGACGCCCAACAACCUCUCGCAGACCGCACCAACACCCACACAACAGUGAGCCACGAGAAGAUCGAUGAUAUGAAGAGCACACCUGCGAAUCUCAACUCGCUUGAAUAUCACCGCCAGAUUCUACAAGGGAAGAUUGAUGGUGACAAGGGUCAAGGAAGCUACGUCUCGCCGUCGGAUGACAUUAUGAGUCCGUGUUCGAAGAAACUGAGUGAUCUCAAGGGGAAACGGUUUAAAAACGUCGGAAAACCACAAUCCCUCUUCGCAAAACUCGGAAAGAAGAACUUUGAGUCGUCGCAACAGCAACAACCGGCCGGAGAUACCGGAGAGGGACAGUAGUCUGUCUCGGGGAGACUGGAUAGGAGGACUUUGCGCUGGUUCGCAUUUGAUUCAGUUGCUUCUUUACUUUCUCGGGUUCUUGUUUUUGUUGAUUGUUGAUAUUGGUCCUCCGUCCGGUCGUUCUGGUAUCUUCGUCUUUGGCAUUUGUUGUUGUUUUACUUGUUACGGAUUCGGUUUGGUUCGGUUGCAUUGGGGUUCUGGUUGGGUUUCAGUCAAGGCAUUGUAUUGGGAAUGCUUGAAUGCUUUAUUGCUUAAUAGGAAUGGAUAUAUUCGAUAUAUUUUGAUUCUGGUGCUAGUAGGGAGUAGAGGUGUGC